CACCAGGGGGCAGUGUCUGCGUUAACGGCUGCCACACAUGCACAAAGAAGGAAGCAAAGACAUAGCAACCGAAACCACGAAGAAGUCCGGCGCGGCAGUGGCCACUCGCUCGGCUGGUUACGUCGAGGAAAUUCUCUGGUAGUAUUCGUAUUUCCACAUCCCACCACCCUACCUCCGUUCUUAACGCCCUACCCCGGAGCGCCGCAGAGUUGUCGGGGUUCUCAAACUCUCGCCACCUGCCAACAUGCCAGCCGCAAUUACUGACGCCAGUCAGAUAAUCUGCGAGGUGUGGGCCAGCAACGUGGAAGAGGAAAUGAGGAAAAUCCGUCAGAUAAUUCAAAGCUACAACUACAUCGCCAUGGACACAGAAUUCCCCGGAGUGGUCGUGCGUCCUAUCGGCGAGUUCCGCAGCACAGUGGACUACCAGUACCAGCUGCUGCGGUGUAACGUGGACCUCUUAAAGAUCAUCCAGCUGGGGCUCACGUUCAUGAACGAGGACGGAGACUACCCGCCUGGCACGACGACGUGGCAGUUCAACUUUAAGUUUAACCUCACAGAAGACAUGUACUCACAAGACUCCAUAGACCUGCUGCAGAACUCGGGCCUUCAGUUCAAGAAACACGAAGAGGAAGGCAUCGAGACGCUGUACUUCGCCGAGCUACUCAUGACGUCGGGCCUGGUGCUGUGCGAGAACGUCAAGUGGCUUUCCUUCCACAGCGGGUACGACUUUGGCUACCUGGUCAAGUUGCUGACGGACGCCCGGCUCCCAGAGGAGGAACACGACUUCUUUCAGAUCCUCAACCUCUUCUUCCCCGCCAUCUAUGAUGUCAAGUAUUUAAUGAAGAGCUGCAAGAACCUCAAGGGUGGAUUACAGGAAGUAGCGGACCAGUUGGAACUGAAAAGGAUCGGAAGGCAGCAUCAGGCGGGUUCCGAUUCGCUGCUCACGGGGAUGGCGUUCUUCAGGAUGAAGGAGCUUUUCUUUGAGGACAACAUCGACGACGCAAAGUAUUGUGGGAGAUUGUACGGCCUGGGCUCCGGCUCCAGCCAACCUCAGAACGGCAUCUCCAGCUCGGGUCAGGAAGAGACCAACAACAAGCACUGACAGCCGCACUUGUUUUUAGAAUCAUCUUCGUCACGCCACCAACCCGUCUAUUCAGGUCUUCACUCUUCCCGGGAUCACAUUUCUUUUAGAAGGCUUUUACCGAGUAAAUAACCCUUUUAAAAUGUUUUUGUUGUAGCAGCGUGGGACCAGCGCCUGGUUUUUCCUCACCAGCCGCACUCUUUCACUUCUUUUUCAUAAGUGAGAAAUAAGGGCCUGUAAAUUUAAAAAAAGUAUAAUUUUUGAUGAAAAAUAAAAAUGUUUAGCGUUUCUCCACAGCCCUUCUGCGUGAAAAAAGGUAACAGCGAGCAUGCGUCCUUGCGGACAAACUAUCGUUGUCCUUGAAAAAACUUGUUCCACCGUCAGCUUCACAAUAUUUCCGUUUUGUUUUUACGUUCUUUAUUGUUUCAAAACUGUUGUAUAUUAAAUUGUUUUGUAUUUUCAAUGUA